AUGCUGUUGCCCAAGUUGAGCCUGAAGGCCCGUCUUACCCUUCUGGCCGUUUUUUCUUUCGUUUUUCUACUCAUCGUGGGCCGGUUGUAUCGCGUAACCGACUACCCACUCAGCAUUAUCACCGGUGAUAGCAAGAGCGAUGUCCCAAAACCAGAACCGAACGAGGAAUCGACGAUAAUCUACCAAGACCCUACGAUAUUGAAGAGCUAUGAUGACCCAAAUGCCGUUCCCCACCCGAUAGAUCACUUGAUCCGCGAUGCCGAUACGAAAUGGGCAGAUUUACGCGCGAAGCAGGUCUACAACCUGACCCAGGUCGCGGAGCAGUACCGCCAGCGCCGCGGACGUCACCCACCCCCGGGUUUCGAUAAAUGGUACGAAUUUGCGAAAUCCAAAAAGGCUAUCUUCAUCGAAGAUUUGUUUGAUCAACUUUACGAUGACGUGAGUCCGUACUGGGGGCUGGAUCCAAAAGAAAUGCGCCGGCAGGCUUCUGGAUUUGACCCGCGCAUCGUUGUUCGAGAUCACAAGCUCUCAUCCGUCGGCCGUACGGGUGUCAACUGGCUCGAGGUCUGGAUGAAUAUGAUGAAAGAAUUUGUGAAAUUCUUACCCGACAUGGAUAUCCCCCUCAACGGAAUGGACGAGUCUCGGAUCAUUAUUCCUUGGGAGAAACUCACCGAGUAUCGCGAGCAGGAUUUCGCUCGUCGCAAACCUAUCGACCCUAGUAAUACUACCGAUCAGUACAUGCAGCUUCCCGCCUUUGAUCCAGAAGCGCUCCCUGAGUCCUGGGGCCCAGCCUGGGAAGGACCAGGUCGACCCUUCUGGGAUAUCAUGCGCGAUGCUUGUCCGCCUGAAAGCCCCGGCCGCAACUCCAACAUCCCACACCUGGACUUUGCGAACCCACCCCGAGAAUUCUUCAACUACAGAAACUUCUCGAAGACUGGCUAUGUGGAGGACUUUGAGAAAUCUAAGGAUCCUUGCUGGAGAGCAGAGCUACAGGGAAUGCACGGCAGUUUCAUCGAACCUGUUUCCCUUUCCACAUCCCACGAAUUAUUCCCGCUUUUUGGAGGAUCGAAGUUGACAGUCAACAACGAGAUCCUCAUCCCACCAGCAAUGUACUACUUCGACAACCCUAUGUAUUCAGGAGGAUUCAAAAACAAGGGCGGCGCUUGGUCAAAAAAGAAAGACACCAUCUUUUGGCGUGGAAUUGCCAGCGGUGGCCGCGCCCGCGAAGACACAUGGACAGGAUACCAACGCCAACGAUUCGUAUCCAUGCUCAAUGGCACAACCAUUUCCAAAACAAACGGAUCCUCCUCACACGGAAUAAACUUCCGCCAACCAGACUACCAAUACUACAAUGUCUGGGCAGGCAUCGAUGGCACACUCCCAGAGUUCCUCGACGAACAUUGCGAUCUAGGCUUCCUCGACCUAAAAUGCUUCCCACCUGAAGACGGGUUCCACUGCUCAUACCAAGACCCGUACUUCAGCAUCGUCGAGGCCAUGCCCAUGAAGGAGCAAUAUGCCUACAAAUACCUGCCCGAUAUCGACGGAAACUCGUUCAGUGGUCGAUACCGUGCCUUCUUGCUGUCCACUUCCUUGCCCAUCAAGGCUACAGUUUACAAGGAGUGGCACGAUUCUCGCUUGAUCCCUUGGGCGCACUUCGUCCCCUUGGACUCGCUGUACAUGGAUAUCUAUGGCAUUCUCCAAUACUUCAUUGGGUACAAAGGACAUAAUGGCCAUGAUAGACAGGCAGAGAAGAUUGCGAUGAAUGGGAAGCGUUGGGCUGAGGAGGUCCUACGAUUGGAAGAUAUGGAAAUCUAUGUCUUCCGAUUGUUGUUGGAAUAUGGUCGUUUGAUGGACGAUAACCGUGAUACCCUUGCCUUUGUGGAUGAUCUAUAA